AAGCCGAGCAAGAACUUGAAAGCCAAACAAAAUAGACAGAUCAGGGAAAUUAGGUGCUGAAACAAGUGGUGGGCACAGUGUAGGAGUCUAGAUCCCGUACGUUGCAUGACAUUGUACGUGAUGAUUAGAUCUAAAAUGGAGUAUUUGGAUAACUUCAAAAUGUCUAAAGUCCCGUUUGAAACAAACCUCGUUUGAUACAGUGAGUCUCAAACUCUUAAUGCAUCUUCUUUGCAGAAAAUCAUAACGCAACUGCAACUCUUCAUUCAAGUCCUGGCCUGUAUAUAUUGGUCUCUCUCAAAAUAUACAAGCUUCGUUUUAACGAUCAGGUCACCUUUGCAGUAAUAUUUCCAUCAGACUCUUAAGUCAUGUAUAGAGUAGCAAGUGCUUCCCAGUAUCUGGUGAUCACGGGCGCCGGAAUCAAGGACUUGAAGAUUGCAAAGAAGGCAUGGCUGCUCCCUGGCCAGUCCUACACAAUCAUCGACCUCUCUCCGGUGAACUACACCUUCGAAGUCCAGGCCAUGAGCGCCGAGAAGCUCCCGUUUGUCCUCCCUGCCGUAUUUACCAUCGGCCCCCGAGCGGACGACAUGGAGGCUAUUGAGAAGUACGCUAGGCUUCUCGCCGGCUGCGACAAGAACUCGAAGAACGUCGAGGAGCUUGUCCAGGGAAUCAUAGAGGGUGAGACUCGUGUCCUUGUGGCCUCAAUGACUAUGGAAGAUGUGUUCAAGGGGACCAAAGAGUUCAAGAAGGAGGUUUUUGACAAGGUUCAGAUCGAGCUCAAUCAGUUCGGGCUUUUCAUUUACAAUGCAAAUGUGAAGCAGCUGGUGGACGUACCUGGACAUGAAUAUUUCAGUUACUUGGGACAGAAGAUUCAGAUGGAGGCUGCCAACCAGGCCAAGGUCGACGUGGCGGAUGCGAAAAUGAAAGGUGCGGUUGGCUCCAAGCUCAGGGAGGGGCAGACAUUGCAAAACGCUGCCAAAAUUGAUGCCGAGACGAAGAUCAUAGCGACUCGGAGGGAAGGGGAGGGGAAGAUGGAGGAGGUUAAGGUGAAGACGGAGGUCAAGGUUUAUGAGAACCAAAGAGAUGCCGAGGUGGCUAAGGCAAAUGCUGAGCUGGCAACGAAGAAGGCAGGGUGGACUAAGGAGGCGCAGGUGGCCGAGGUUGAGGCGCAGAAGGCGGUGGCGAUGAAGGAGGCCCAGUUGCAGAAGCAAGUGGAGACGAUGAAUGCACUGACUAGAACGGAAAAGCUCAAGGCUGAGUAUUUGAGCAAGGCCACGGUCGAGGCUGAAACAAAGGCUCAGGAGGCAAAUUGGAAGCUCUACCAGGAACAAAAGGCAGCGGAUGCAAUUCUUUACCAGAGAGGGAGAGAGGCCGAGGCAACAAAAACAGCCGCAGAGGCGCAAUUCUUUGCUAAGCAAAAGGCUGCUGAUGGAGACUUCUAUGCUAAGAAGAAAGAAGCUGAGGGACUUGUGGAACUUGGAAAAGCGCAAGGUGUUUACAUAAGUACUCUUAUGGACUCGUUGGGUGGCAACUAUGGGGCAAUGAGGGAUUUCUUGAUGAUCAAUGGCGGGAUGUUUCAACAGCUUGCUACGAUCAAUGCCGGGGCGGUGCGUGGACUUCAGCCUAAGAUUAGUAUAUGGACUAAUGGCGGAGAGGCUGUUAGUGGCCGCGACAGCAAUGCGGCUAUGAAGGAGGCGGCCGGAGUUUAUAAAAUGUUGCCGCCGUUGUUCAAGACGGUGCAUGAACAGACAGGCAUGCUGCCUCCAAAUUGGAUGGGGACUUUGCCUGCUGAUGAUUGAUGA